AUGCAGCGGCAGCAGCCCCGCGGCGGCGAGGAGGACUGCGGGGAUUCGGGAGCCGAGACGGGCGGGUCUGAGUACAGCCGCAUGUCCUCUACCAGCAGUGAACUUUCUGUGGAAGACAUACAGGACCCAUUCCUUGUCAGUGUACAUAUUAUCACAGACCCCGGUGAAUCCAAGACUCUUCAGCAAGCGAUCGAUAAGCUUCUGGCCUGGAUCCAUCCAGAACUCCAGCUGUUUCGAGUCUCAGAAAGACGUGUGUCCAAGAAGCAAAGGAAGCCAGAUAAAGCUGGUGUUUCCCAGCCAGCCCUCGCUGUCAUUCUGUUUCUGCAAGAGGAAUAUGGAGAAGAACCCAUCUUGCAACUCCACGAAACCUUUCAGCGGCCACCUUGGCAUUACCACCACACAGAGCGAGUGCAUGGGAAGUUCCUCCCUUACAUGCCAUGCAGCCAGGACUUUUACACUUUGGCUCCAGAGACUCCUCUGUGGGCUAUUCGUCCAGUGCAUUAUGGAAAGGAAAUUAUCCGCUUCACAAUAUACUGCAGAAAUGAAAACUUUGUUGAUAUUUUGAAGUUUUAUGAGUUAAUACUGAAAAGACCAGUAUGUCAGAAAAAAGCAGACUUUUGUGUUUUUCCUGUCUAUUCUAACAUGGAAAUAGACAUCCAGUUUUCUUUAAAAAAGCUUCCAAAGGGCCACACGCCAAUGCCAACUGAGUCAGCGGUGUUGGAGUUCAGAGUGAAAGAUGUUGGACAGCUUGUUCCUCUCCUGCCCAACCCUUGCAGCCCAAUCAGUGAAGGCAGAUGGCAGACUGAAGAUCAUGAUGGAAAUAGGAUCCUUUUGCAGCAAGCACGCAGUUGGUGUAGGAAGUCUGCAAAGCAGAACAAGCAUCCAUAUCCAUCUGUGUCAACAGAUUCCCACUUCACCACUUUGCCAGGCUUUCAUCCUCAGAGCCACCAAUCUGUCCCUGAACCGCCAAAAGAAAUGAGUCAGAACAAGGUGCAUCAUGCAAAUGGCCUUGGCCAUUAUCUUGGUUUCUCCCAGCAGGACCUCAGACACAGUGAUCAAGAAGACUUCACACGCAGAUCCAGCAGUGCCUCCAGCAUUUUGUGGUCAUUUCAACGAAGCAAGUCUCUGUUCUGCUUGCCUACAGUGAGUUCCUCCUCAGCCUCAGAGAAUGCUCAUUUCAGAGAAGCGUUUCAGUUUUUAAAUAGUGAGUCACCUGCAACCAGGUUAAAAACAUGGAGAUGCAGCCCUAGGCUUAACAUUGAUGACUUGGAGGAUGCACAGGAGACUGAUGUGGACACAGGGAGGAAGCUGUCUUUCUCAGAUCUGUCUGUGGUCUCUGCAUACUCUGCCCUUAACAGAUUUUGCAAUGACUUGGAAGCCUCUCUUCCGCCAUGGAAGCAAGCCUGCAGAACGAGUGCAAAGGCUUCUACCAGUGGAAGGCCUGUAUCCUCCGUGUGCAGUACCUUUGAUCCCAUGGAUGGUUCGCUGCCAUCUCUCUCUGAGUGGCCAUCCAGCUCAUUCAUGGCAACGUCUCUCUCUAAGCAGCCCAAACAGUCUUCAAGAACAGCCCCUUGUUCCCUUGAUGAUUGUGGUAGCAUUUUCCCAGUUUUACCAACUAAUGACGAAGAAUUUUACAUCUGAGGUUUCUCUGUCUCACACCUUCUGGGACAAAUUUCUUUUUGUGAUGACUGGGCCCUACUUGAGCUUACAGGAUUUUUCUCAUGGAAGAGAAGGUGAUGCAGAGAAGUAUGCUAGAUGUUUGAAGAAAGCUCCUGGAUCCCUCAAGAGAUGAAUGUUCCCAAAGAAUGUACCAUAAAGCAGUCUGAGCUGGUGCCCAGUACCUCUGCAUGGGGGGAGAUGAUCUGCACAAAGGCUUUUCCGUUCCAGUGCAGGGCAGAGGGUUCCUAUGACUGACCCUUAGACUGUUGGUGAACAAAAUUCCAGAAAAGAUGCGUAAUAAUCCAAUUCUCCUUGAUACAAACUGAAGAGUAAUUUGUGACACCAAACUGCUUUAAAUUUUCGGAGAAAUUCCCUUAACUCAGAAAGAUGGGAGUACAAAGAGAUCUUCUUUUCUGCUUGCAAGUUCCAAAGGUAGCUAUAAGGAUGCAUGUCCCAGUAGCGUGUCUCCAAUAGGCUCAGAGAAGCCUGUGAGGUUGCCCAUCAUUCUGUCUAAUAUCUGAGAGUUUACACUGCUGGGAAGAAAGAAGCUCCAUUCCUUCCACAGGGAAGAGGAAGCUCCACUGGAUAUCUUUGCUUUGACUGUACAGAGAGUGCCAAACUGGAAAUUUGAUGUAACUUUUUCUACUCAUCUGCACAUGCAACCCGUUCUUUCCAGCUGGGACUGUAGUCUGAACUGCUUUAUAUAAGCCAGUGGUAAUUCAAGUAAACAAUAUUUACUACCUCUAACUCAGACAAUUCAGAGUUUACCUUUUUGGAAUACAAAGCAAGGAAAAUA